AAUAAAGCGACUAGUCCCUUCCCCCACUUGUCUUUUCGGGGUAGAAAUAGUCCGCGACAUCUCCGGUAAAUAGUGAACAGUCUCGUCCAUUUCACCCAAUUAACCAAUAUCAAUUCAGUUUACCAUGUCCAAAAUCGCAUCCACAUUUUCGCGCCUUGUGCGCUUCAUUCCUAGGUCCAACCGCUUCAGCAUCUUAAUCGGAGAGCCGGUAGAUCCCAAGUUGGACGUUGGAUUGGCUCUAUACCAGGGCAAGGAUGUUCCUGUUCACCCAUUCUCGGGGACGUCUGUUCUCAACCCUGGCCAGAAAACCGAGAAGACUGAGAUCAUUGAACGGCUUUUGUCUCCGCUAGCUCAGAAUGAAGUUGGAUCUAUCCGGUGUAUCGGGUUAAACUAUGUCUCCCACGCUGCAGAAAUGAAACUAUCCAUCCCCGACGUCCCAACCCUAUUCAUCAAACCGCCCACCUCACUUGCAGACCCAUGGCCAGCUCCCACGAUCCUCCCCAGAAUCACUCAACAAGACAACACGGGUGAUUACGAAUCCGAGAUGGUCAUUGUAAUCGGCCGCGACGCAAAGGAUGUCAGGGAGGAAGAGGCACUGGAUUAUGUGCUGGGGUACACGGCUUCGAAUGAUAUUUCUAGCCGGACGUCGCAGAUGAACCAAAGUCAAUGGUGUUUUUCGAAAGGAUUUGACACUGCUUGUCCUAUCGGCCCUGCGCUGGUUUCUGCAGCACAGUUCCCCGAGGCCAGCCAAUUCAAGAUCCGCGGUUUGAAGAACGGCCAGGCUCUGCAGGACUGUCCAUUGACCGACCUCAUCUUCAGUGUCCCCAAGCUCAUUAGCUUCUUAUCGCAGGGCACAACUCUUCCUGCCGGAACUAUCAUCCUCACUGGCACCCCACCUGGCGUUGGAGCCGCGAAGAACCCGAAGGAAUUCUUGAAGGCUGGGGAUGAAUUUGCAGUUGAGUUGCUGCCGCAUGUUGGGACGUUGAUUACAAAGUUCGAGAAUCAGCAGUGAUUGCAUUACAUUGUAUACCCGUGUGUUAUAUCUUAUACGAUCGCAUUGUCAGGACAUGCUGUAGCCAUAUUGUACACGAUUCCCUGUGUAUGGAUUACUCCCGGAUCCCACAUCUCCACUGAUAUCAUCUCCACAGACAUCUGUUUUCCCCACAAUCCGGAUUCCGUAUUACUCGGAAUUUCCGCUCGGAAUCUCCAAAUCAACGGUACUUUAACAGCAUCCGAAUACCGAAGAACUCCCGGAUCCUUAAAAAUAUAAUUGACGAAAAAAUAGGUCGAAUGACGAGAUUGU